GGAGGAGGAGGAGGAUGUCGGAAGAGCCGGACGCGGACAAGAUGAUCAAGGAAACUUCUAUUUUAGAAGAGUACCACAUUAACUGGACUCAAAAGCUGGGAGCAGGAAUCAGUGGUCCAGUAAGAGUCUGUAUGAAAAAAUCGUCUCAAGAACGGUUUGCACUGAAAAUUCUUCUUGAUCGCCCAAAAGCUAGAAAUGAGGUCCGGCUGCACAUGAUGUGUGCGACGCAUCCCAACAUUGUUCAGAUUAUCGAAGUGUACGCUAACAGCGUGCAGUUCCCUCAUGAGUCCAGCCCAAGGGCUCGGCUUCUAAUUGUAAUGGAGAUGAUGGAAGGGGGCGAACUCUUUCACAGAAUCAGCCAACAUCGGCACUUUACUGAGAAGCAAGCAAGCCAAGUAACAAAGCAGGCAACCUUGGCUUUGCAACAUUGUCAUUCUCUGAACAUUGCCCAUCGAGACCUCAAGCCUGAGAACCUUCUUUUCAAGGAUAAUUCUUUGGACGCCCCGGUGAAGCUGUGUGACUUUGGAUUUGCCAAGGUCGACCAGGGUGACCUGAUGACCCCACAAUUCACUCCCUACUAUGUAGCACCUCAGGUUCUAGAGGCACAAAGAAGACAUCAAAAAGAGAAGUCUGGUAUCAUCCCUACCUCACCAACACCUUACACUUACAAUAAGAGCUGUGACUUGUGGUCCCUUGGCGUCAUCAUUUAUGUGAUGCUGUGUGGUUACCCACCUUUUUACUCCAAGCACCACAGCCGGACAAUUCCCAAAGACAUGCGGAAAAAGAUCAUGACGGGGAGCUUUGAGUUUCCGGAGGAAGAGUGGAGCCAGAUCUCAGAGAUGGCAAAAGACAUUGUGCGCAAGUUGUUGAAGGUAAAGCCGGAGGAAAGGCUGACCAUCGAAGGUGUUCUGGACCACCCUUGGCUGAACUCUACAGAGGCUCUCGAUAACAUUUUGCCCUCUGCCCAGUUAAUGAUGGACAAGGCAAUGGUUGCUGGUAUUCAGCAGGCGCAUGCGGAGCAGCUGGCAAACAUGAGAAUCCAGGACCUCAAAGUCAGCCUCAAACCCCUCCACUCUGUCAACAACCCAAUCCUGCGCAAAAGAAAACUGCUGGGAACAAAACCAAAGGACAGCGUGUACAUCCACGAUCCCGAGAACAGCAGCGAGGACUCCAAUGUGGCUCUGGAAAAGCUCCGAGAUGUGAUUGCGCAGUGCAUUCUGCCGCAGGCUGGUAAAGGCGAGAAUGAGGACGAGAAACUGAAUGAAGUGAUGCAGGAAGCGUGGAAGUAUAACCGGGAGUGUAAAUUAUUGCGGGACACCCUUCAGACCUUCAGCUGGAACGGCAGAGGAUUCACAGACAAAGUGGACCGUCUAAAACUGGCAGAAAUAGUGAAACAAGUCAUUGAGGAGCAGACAAAUUCCCAUGACUCUCAAUAGCUGGAGCUGCUGCUUUUUUAAGAGCAAAGACAGAGAAACC